AUGUUUGUCACCGGCAUGAAUGAUGCCAAUUUGGGUAUUAUCAUUCCAACGCUGAAAGAGCGAUAUGGGUUGACACAAUACGUCGUGUCCAUUGUCUUCCUUACUACAACCUUUGGCUAUUUCCUAGCUGCUUUUACAAAUGGAUACUUGAUCCAAAAGACCUCCCAAGCUACGACAGCAUUGAUUGGCGCGGUUUCCAUGGUGAUGGGAUUCCUGGUGAUCGCUGUAUCAGUGCCAUUUCCUGCCAUGUGCUGCAUGACUACCUUUAUUGGUUUUGGUACGGCUUUGACACAAUCAUGUGCCAACGUCGUUGUUGGAGAGAUGCCUCAUAACACAAUGCUCUUGAACUUUUCUCAUGCAUUGUAUGGAUGUGGUGCCUUGAUUGCUCCCUUGACGGCUGCAGCUGUAUUACAAUUAGAAAGAUCAUGGACCAUCACUUACAUGAUCUUGUGCGGUAUGGGUGGGCUCAAUGCAGUGACCCUUUUCUUUACGUUCAGAAAUCUCUCAACACGUGCUGAGUUACAAGAGAAACAGCAAGACCAGAAAACAAGCAGCAAUGCAUUGAUAGCAGCAGCAAUUCGACAAAGAAUCACCUAUGUAGGGGCAUUCUUUUUGCUCCUCUAUGUGGGUGCUGAAGUGACGCUUGGCAAUUGGGGAUACACCUACUUGAUCUCCAUACGCAGCGGCGAUACAAUUGCCAUGGCACAUGUCAUGUCCGGUUAUUGGGCAGGCAUAUGUGCGGGCCGUCUUUUCUUGGGCUAUUUAACACUACGUUUUGGAGAAAAGCGCAUGGUCUUUUUAUAUCUUUGCUUGAUUUUUGCCAUGCUUUUUGUCUUUUGGUUUGUGGCUGCAAUAGCAGCAAAUGCAGCAGCAUUGGCUAUUAUUGGCGUUGCUCUCGGUCCUCUUUAUCCAUCUACUGUAGGCUUGGCCAACAAGGUUGUGCCUUCCCAUUUGUAUGCGGUUUCAGUGGGAUUCUUAUCAGCGUUUGGAAGCUGUGGAUCUGCUUUAGGUCCCUUAAUCACGGGUGUCAUGAUUGGUGCAAAAGGUGUACGGGUCUUGGUUCCUUUUUGUGUAGCGAUGGCUGGUGCCAUGAUCGUUGCGUGGAUGUUUAUGCCCUCAUCUUCGUCUUCAUAUGAUAAUGACAAGGGUCAAUCUUCUUCGAUGAAUACUAAUAACUUACGCGCAAGCAAUGUAUCCAUGGAUACAAGAUCGGUUGUCUAG